CUUCUGCUAUUCCAUUUCCAUGAGCUACAGACACAUACACCGAAGGGGAGAGGUGUUUCUCUUCGCUCCCUGACAUUAUCCAAUUGCGCCCUGUGGUGGAUCGACCAUACGACUAUACCAGCAGGCCACCCAACCCUCCUUUCUUCAUUGUUCUUCUUUCUUCGCGCGAUCGCGGGUUUCGCAAUGGCGCGAAAAUCGGCUCUGAAGCGAACCCUCGUUACGUUCUUCGUCGCUUUGGUCACUUUUGCCUUUUUCAGCACCUUCUUCAACCCCACCAACGUUGCCAAUUCCUCCGCCAAAAUCGAUGACACCGCCUUCUCGUCUAAUUCAGCUAAAACUGCUUCCGUCGUGCUCAGGGAGAGCAAUCAUCGCUCUGGGAAUUUGCCUGUCAAAGUCUACGUCUAUGAUCUUCCCACCAGGUUCACCUAUGGAGUCAUCGAGCAACAUUCCUUGGCGCGUGGUGGUAGACAUGUCGAUGAUGUGACCACUCUCAAGUACCCAGGACAUCAGCACAUGUCGGAGUGGUACCUUUACUCUGAUCUCAUGCGGCCCCAGUCCGCGCGUGCUGCUUCGCCUGUUGUUAGGGUAUUGGAUCCCGAGGAGGCAGACCUAUUCUUUGUGCCGUUCUUUUCUUCUCUGAGUUUGAUUGUGAACCCGAUUCGCCCCCCCGGUACGACGGACUCUGAGAAGCCUGUUUAUAGCGACGAGCAGAAUGAGGAGGCGCUGGUGGAGUGGCUGGAGGAGCAGGAGUAUUGGAAAAGGAAUGAUGGGAGAGACCAUGUGUUUGUCGCUUCAGAUCCGAAUGCGCUGUACCGGGUGGUCGAUAGGGUAAAGAACAGUGUGUUGCUUGUGUCGGAUUUUGGGCGUCUGCGACCGGACCAGGGAUCCAUUAUUAAGGACGUCGUAAUACCAUACUCUCACCGAAUCCGAGUGUAUGACGGUGAUGUUGGUCUCGACAAUCGCAAGACGUUGUUGUUCUUCAUGGGCAACAGAUAUCGCAAGGAGGGAGGCAAAAUUCGUGAUACACUCUUUCAAAUUCUUGAAAAAGAAAAGGAUGUAAUAAUAAAGCAUGGAGCACAGUCCAGGGAGAGUAGACGCGCAGCUUCACAAGGAAUGCAUACAUCGAAGUUCUGUUUACAUCCUGCUGGAGAUACUCCAUCAGCUUGCCGACUCUUUGAUGCUAUUGUUAGCUUGUGCGUUCCAGUGAUUGUUAGUGAUAGUAUUGAAUUGCCAUUUGAAGACACUAUAGACUACAGAAAAAUUGCAAUAUUCGUAGAAUCUACUGCUGCUAUAAAGCCUGGAUACUUGGUGUCAGCGUUGAGAGCGGUAUCUCCAGAUAGGAUCCUUGAAUAUCAGAAAGAACUAAAAGAGGUGAAGCGAUACUUUCAAUAUGCGGAAUCAGAUGGAACAGUUAAUGAAAUCUGGAGACAGGUUUCAAGGAAGCUACCCUUGAUCAAACUGAUGAUUAACCGUGAGAAAAGGCUGGUCAGAAAGGAUUCUGACUGCUCUUGUGUGUGUACAAACCGGACUGCAGUUAGUACUCUAUAGCGGCUCUUUGGUGAGUGUAUGUUUUAUUUUCACUCUUGGAGGGCUAUCUCACUAGUCCAGGGACGAGUUCACCAUAUUCCAAGAUUCCUGGCACGUUUUGUGGUAGAUGCCACCAUACAAAUAUAAAUUUUCAUAAGACACGAUUUGAUAACUUGGUUGUACCUUAAUUUGUACAGGAUAGGAUAUACAGCAAUUUGACUAUUCUUUUAAUUCUUUGAAAGGUUCCCGUUUCUUUAUUUACCUCUAGUUUUGUCAAGAUGGAUUUGGUGCCAUGGCUCACUCAUGAAAUGUCUAGGUUAGAUUUGUCACCA